GCCAUGUUUCGCUUGUACGUGUUGGUAAUGGGAGUUUCUGCCUUCACCCUUCAGCCUGCGGCUCACACAGGGGCUGCCAGAAGCUGCCGGUUUCGUGGGAGGCAUUACAAGCGGGAGUUCAGGCUGGAAGGGGAGCCUGUGGCCCUGAGGUGCCCCCAGGUGCCCUACCGGUUGUGGGCCUCUGUCAGCCCCCACAUCAACCUGACAUGGCAUAAAAAUGACUCUGCUAGGAUGGUCCCAGGAGAAGAAGAGACACGGAUGUGGGCCCAGGACGGUGCUCUGUGGCUUCUGCCAGCAUUGCAGGAGGACUCUGGCACCUACAUCUGCACUACUAGAAAUGCCUCUUACUGUGACAAAGUGUCCAUUGAGCUCAGAGUUUUUGAGAAUACAGAUGCUUCCCUGCCAUUCAUCUCAUACCCGCAAAUUUUAACCUUGUCAACCUCUGGGGUAUUAGUGUGCCCUGACCUGAGAGAAUUCACCCGUGACAAAACUGACGUGAAGAUUCAAUGGUACAAGGAUUCUCUUCCUUUGGAUAAAGACAAUGAGAAAUUUCUAAGUGUGAGGGGGACCACUCACUUACUGGUACAUGAUGUGGCCCUGGAAGAUGCGGGCUAUUACCGCUGUGUCCUGACGUUUGCCCAUGAAGGCCAGCAAUACAACAUCACUAGGACUGUUGAGCUACGCAUCAAGAAAAAAAAAGAGGAGACCAUUCCUGUGAUCAUUUCCCCCCUCAAGACCAUAUCGGCUUCUCUGGGGUCGAGACUGACAAUCCCGUGUAAGGUGUUUCUGGGAACCGGCACGCCCUUAACCACCAUGCUGUGGUGGACGGCCAAUGACACCCACGUAGAGAGCGCCUACCCGGGAGGCCGCGUGACCGAGGGGCCGCGCCAGGAAUAUUCAGAAAAUAAUGAGAACUACAUUGAAGUGCCAUUGAUUUUUGAUCCUGUCACAAGAGAGGAUUUGAACAUGGAUUUUAAAUGUGUUGUCCGUAAUACCCUGGGUUUUCAGACACUACGCACCACAGUCAAGGAAGCCUCCUCCACGUUCUCCUGGGGCAUUGUGCUGGCCCCACUUGCACUGGCCUUCUUGGUUUUGGGGGGAAUAUGGAUGCACAGACGGUGCAAACACAGAACUGGAAAAGCCGAUGGUCUGACUGUGCUACGGCCUCGUCAUCAAGAUUUUCAAU